AUGGCAUUGGCGAGUGUGGGCAAGGCAGCUAGCAGGGACGUGGUGACCGAAGACGAAAAGGGUGAUGAGCCAAAACGAGAAGGGCCGCCUGAGAAUGCGCGGCAAGCAGAGGCGACUCGCCCGAUUAGCUCGACGUUUAAGUCCGAGCCGGUGACCAAGAGCAAGGUUAAGGCUAGAUCUGGCAGAGUCCUGAGCUUUGUAGUCGAGGAUUCGCUGCCGCAAGAUCCGGCACUGAGCCUCCCGGACCAUGUCAGGCAGCGAUGGUCCGUGCGGCUGGCAGAAGCUGCCAGUUGUGCUGCAGCCAUGGGAAAGCCUUGGAAGGCGCACCAUCCGCCUUUGCCUUGGUACGCAGUUGAGCUAAUGCGGGUUUGCACGGGCACCACGCACCUGAGCUCGCAGCUGAUGGCGCUGCAGGCACAAAGGAGCAAGCGAUCGUGGAUGUGGAAGGACGGGCCGUUGGCAAGGAUGCUGGCAAGUUGUGGUGACAUGCUAACAGAGGCCGGCUCUGUGAUCGAGUCUGUGUCUGCAGCGAGGUGCUCACAGUCCUCGUCAUUUCACGCCACACUGCGAGCAAUGCGGGAGCGAUGCUUGCCAGCCUACCUGUCUGAACCAACAGUGCCACCGUGCCUCUCCUGUACAGCAGAAGAGGCCAUGUCUAUGACCCAGACGGCUCUCACACGCCUUCGGGGGGCCGGAGCAGCACUGGGUCUCGCUCUCAGGCUUGAGGAGCCGGAUUUCAGCGGUGUUGUAGGUGAGGGCAUUCACCAAGAUUUUUUUAUCCUGGUGCCCGUCGUGGAGAUGACGCUGUCGAAUUUGGGGUGGCUGACCAAGCUUGUUUUCUUGCAGCUCGAGCGGGACCUCUCUCAUGUGCCUGCUGAAACAGCCGGCGCCGGUGGUGGCCCUUUCGCAGAUCCAUCGAUGAAGUCGACUGUGGGAAGUCCGUCCAUCAACUCGGCAUGGGCGGAGCAGGAGUCCCAAAUUCUUGACGAGGCCGAGGCCGUGCAGGAGGAGGAUCCAAGGACAUCGCCGUCGCAGCCUGCACAAGAGGAACUCGAGGGUGCUUCGAGUGCGAAGGCAAACAGCAGGAAGCCAUUGAAGAAGAAAAGUUCCAUUGCGCCGAAAGUUGCAAAGAAAAAGUCUGCUGCUUGA